UUGGCACACCACAUUUCCUCUGUUCAAGCAGAAACGUUUCAACUCGCAUGGCAACUUCAAGGAUGGCUUGGAUUUCUCAAACACUGUCUUUCAUUAUGUUGUUUUCUUCAGUCUACAGUGAAUGUAUAUCUCAGGUCUACAAAAACACAUAUAUCCAAGGAGGAGAUAUUUCUAGGGUUUACACUCCAGAUGAGGAGUACUGCAGAACAGUAUGCACCUAUCAUCCAAGAUGUCUUGUAUUCUCCUAUCUGCCAGGCAACUUUGCAAACAAUAAUACAAGGUUUUCGUGCUUCCUGAAAGAUAUUAAUUCUCAAGUUUUGCCAAAGGUAGCCAUGCAAGGAGCAAUCUCUGGACAUUCCCGGAAACAAUGCCCUCAUGUUACUGCUUGUAACAAGGAGGUUUAUGAAGGACUGGAUAUGAAAGGAGAAAAUUACAAUGUAACUGAUGCUGACAGUUACCAACAGUGCCAAAAAAGAUGCACCAAUCAGAAUCACUGCUAUUUUUUCACAUAUACCACCACGUUGUUUCAUCAAGCAGGCUUGCGGCAAAAAUGCUACUUGAAGUUCAGCAGCACAGGAAUACCAGUCCAAAUAAGGCACCUUAGAGGUGUUGUAUCUGGAUUUUCAUUAAAGCGCUGUCGAUUGUCAGAAACAGAUUGUAGGAUGGACAUUUUUCAACACCAGGUAUUUUCUGGCAUUCACCUAACAACAGUUUUAACACCCGAUGCCCAUGUAUGCAGAACAAUUUGUACUUAUCAGCCAAACUGCUUGUUUUUUACCUUUCGUGGCCCUAGAUGGGAGGUAAAAAGUGAGAGGUAUACUUGUCUGAUGAUGACAUCAAAAAGUGGAAUGCCAGAUGCAUUUAUAGAAGGAAGCAAUGCUAUGUCAGGUUUCAGUCUCCGAAACUGCCGAAAAACAACACCUGCCUGUCACAAUCCAACUUUUUCCAACUUGAACUUUAUUGGGAUGGAACUGAGUGUGGAAUUUGUUAAUGGGUCCAAGGCAUGUCAGCAACUUUGUACAGACACCGUCCGCUGCCAGUUUUUUACUUACGUUUCCCACAAAAACCUGUGCAACCGAGAAGGUAAAUGUAAAUGUUACUUAAGAAUGACCCCUAGUGGGUCUCCGUAUAGCAUCACAUCGGAGAAUGAAAUGGUUUCUGGCUAUUCUUUAAGACUAUGUCAGACUAAAGUCAGCUCUGUCUGUGAGCAGAAACCCAAUACGAUCGCAAGGAUUGUAGGUGGAAUGAAUGCUUUCCCUGCUGAAUGGCCCUGGCAGGUCAGUUUACAUGUGAAGCUCUCUACCCAAAGCCACAUGUGUGGUGGCUCCAUCAUCCGUGACCAGUGGAUCUUGACUGCUGCCCACUGCACAGAGGACCUUUUGAUAACUCAAGUUUGGCGUAUUUAUAGUGGCAUUUUGAAACAGUCAGAAAUAAAUGAAAAUACCCCUGUCUUCAAAGUCCAAGAGAUUAUUGUUCAUCCUAAAUAUGUAGCUUCUGAACAGGGAUAUGACAUCGCCUUAAUGAAACUUGACAGACCUAUGAACUUUAGUGCUUUACAUCAACCUUUAUGCCUGCCAAGUGAAGAAGAAAUAAACACAAAAUAUGACGAAUGCUGGGUGACUGGAUGGGGUUACACAAAAGAGACAGGUCAAAUAGAAGACACCCUACAGAAGGUUAAAAUUCCCCUGAUAUCAAAUGAAGAAUGUCAGAACCAAUACCAAGACUACAGAAUAACAGAGAAGAUGUUAUGUGCUGGCUACGCAGAAGGUGCAAAGGAUGCUUGUAAGGGAGAUUCAGGUGGCCCUCUGUCGUGUAAAUACCAGAACAAGUGGUACUUGGCGGGCAUUACCAGCUGGGGUGAGGGAUGUGCUCGCCCAGGACAACCGGGAGUUUAUACAAAUGUGGCUGAGUUUGUAGGUUGGAUUCUAGAGAAUACCUUAUAGCUAAAUAUCAAAGGAUAGACAAAUGAGUCUAUUUUCACUCUGGUCACUUUUGCAUGUGUUCAUUCAUGUGUCUUUUUCAUUUCAUUUUUUGUUAUAAACAUUGAAUCAUAACUGUAGAAUUUAUAGCAUUUGAAAGGACCCUAAGAGUAGUCAAUUGACUAGAUGGGCAGGGUAUAAAUAAAUAAAUAAAUAAAUAAAUAAAUAAAUAAAUAAAUAAAUAAAUAAAUAAAUAAAUAAAUAAAGAGUAAACAACUCCAAACCUCUGCAGAAUCAGGAAGUCCACACCUAAAGCAUCUGACAGAUCAGCCAUUCAACCUUCUUCCAAAGACCUCCAAUGAAGGAGAGUCAAUUGUUAUCAAAUACCUGCUGCUGUCAGGAAUGUAUUUGUUAUGAUUCCUUAGAUUGUCCUUUCUUAUAAGUUAGAUUCAUUGGUUUGGAUCCUGCUCACACCAUCUUCUCUGUAAAAACUCUUCAGAAUUCUAAAGAUGGCUAUAAUAUUUUGUCUCAGUCUUCUGUUCUUCAGGGUAUAUAUGCCCUCAAUAAUUCCUCACAGGACUGGUUUCAAUACUUUUGAAUGCAUUUUGUCCUCAAACACCUGUCACAUGUUGAUAGGAGAACAACAUCACCGGCAUUCACGUAAGUGCAGAAUCCAAAGGAUAAUUACAUUCUCAUUUGCUCAUUAGUCCAGAAGGUGCAAGUCAAGCCAAUUCACAUCAGAGUUUUUGAAAGCUGAACAUUUUUUCUAGUGCCCUAACAUUUUCAGAAGAUGAAGGCAGACAGUUCUCAUUUUCUCUGUGAAAUAUCUUAAAGGUUCUGAGACCCUUUUAAUUUUAACCAGGGCUACAAGUAAUCUGAAAUUAUUGAAAUACCACAUGGUAAAAAUCCAAUUAAAAUAUUCAACCUCAAUCUUUGCUUCUAGUCUAUUGAGGUACUGUAUAUGUUUUUAUCUGUGGACACAACAGAGGGAAAGGAUUUUUGAGCCAAUUGAAAUCAAUGCAUUUUAAUAUUAAACAUGUUUACUCAAAACUAGUCCCACUAAGUUCAGAUGCACAUAUUCAAAUAACUGCUAUCCAUGCUUAGGUACACUUAAGCAUAUUGAUUUUAGCAAAUCCGAAUUGGCUCCAAAUAGGAUUGCAACCAUAUGCAUCAAUUUGGUGUUAACGAAACCUUGAUUUAACUAUAAUUUAGAUAUACUGAAGAACAAAUUAGGCUUCAAGGGAAAUGUAUCUUUCCUGGGAUUGGCCCAUUUCCCCCUCCCAUAAUGCAAUUUCCUCAGAGAUACAAGCCUGAGCAAUCAGAUUUGCAAAUGAAUAUUGUGUUUACUUGCCACUGGCCAAUCACAGAACAAAGCAGGCUGGCAUGCAAAACACAGAUGACGAAAAUAAUGUUCUGUGGCAAACAUGGAAGCACUGGUUCUAAAUACCAGAUAUGCAUAUUAGCACAUCUAGUUUGAAAUUCUCCUGGAUUGUUUUAUAUUCCUAACUAGAAGGAGACAUUUUUCUUGAACAGCUCAGCUACUUGGUCUAACAUAACAAUUUUUAAAUUUAACUUACUGCAGCAACAGAAGGAAUGAAAACAACAACUAUGUACUAGCUCAUUUGAAAAAUAACUAAUCAUCAAAAUGAAAGACUUACAAAUUUUUCUGUUUUUAAAAAAGGAUUUCUCUGGUUAAAACUUGAGCAAAGCAAUGGCUGUCCUUUUAUUUUUGUCUUCUGGCAGUUUGACAUUUAUUGGUGAUUUAUGGGCUGUGUGGCUGAAGGUGAUAAAUAGAUCCAUUUGUAGAAUGGGUUGUGGGAUAAUUUUAUCAAAGUAAUUGUCCCAGAAUUGACAGAACACAUGGGUGAAGAAUUGUAUUUCCCCAGUUUAAAAAGUGGUAUUGGGGGAAAGUGAUGGACCCACAUGGGAAGCUGAUCUUCAGAAGAAAAUACAGUAGUGUAAGAAAUAUGAAGAGAUGAUCAAGCGGAAAAAUCAAAUGAGUCAAUGUUGAGUAUGUAAGAGUAAAUUGAUCUUCUGUUCAGAAAAAGUCUAUUAAUAGCAGACUAGAAUUACAAAAUAAAGAAGUCCUUCUUUUUCA